UUAACCAGUGGUCGGUGGUGGGAAUUUCCUGCAACUCCAAUGCAGACUUGCUCGAUGCGGUCAAUGGCUAGCAAUGCAUGCCUCUCUCUGGUCUAAAGGGCGGAGAAUCCUCUGCCGUCUCCCUGCUGCUACGUGGUCACUUUAUCACCGUUCAUUUGCGUUACGUGGCCACAUCUGUCGUCGUAAAACCAUGACCCGAUUGUGCCUUCAGGCUGGGUUCCGGACGAGGCGGCGGCCUUCUUCCGCGCGGCCGCGCCCUUCCGACCGCGACGCCGUCGCCACCAGCCUCGCCGCCUUUGUCGCCCGCCCCUCCCUGCCCCGCUCCGCCGGGACCAGAGGAGGGACCCUCGGGCUCGGGGUGGUCUGCGUCACCUCGGUCGGCACCACGGUGCCCCUGGAGCAGCUGGCGCUGCGUGCGCUACAUCGACAAUUUCAGUUCCGGCCAGCGAGGGGCCGCGUCCACCGAAUAUUUUCUCAAGGCUGGCUACGCAGUCAUCUUCAUCCAUCGCCGGUCAUUGAGAUUUGCCAUGUAAGGCCUCUGUCGGCUGCAAGCUUGAUCUUUUUGAGCUCGGUGAAGGAUCCGAAAUCCAAGGCGCCUGCUUUUUUGUUGAAAAACGGACGACGUCCUGGCCGUCCGAAAUAUCUUAAAGAUUCGUGUCUUCUUCCUUUUGCUUUGGGUCUUAUCGCUUCUUCCUUCUGUCGUUGUCGUCCAGCCAGGACUUGGUGUUGUCCGCAAGGAUUAUUAAUAGUGAUGUGGGGUGCAUAUGAGCACGAUGUCGCGAGCCGUGGGUGGAUCACUCGAUCCUUCUCCGGCCACCACCAGGCAAGACCGCAAGAUGGAAAUGGGACACGGAGUUUCCAUCUACGUCAACCAUUUCCAGAACUUUGACCUUUUCCAUUUAUGGGAAACGAGAAUGAUUUUGGAGAUUUUACCUUCUUUUGGUGUUCUUUCCCAUUAAUAACUCGUGAGAUUUCUUAUGUUGUUUCUUGAGUGUGGCAAUAUGAACUUGUUUCAUGA